UUAGUGACUUCCGGUGUAAUGGCGUCAAGAAGUAAGCACUGUUGUCACAUUUUGAUCUACAGUGUUUCAAUAUUUCGCCUUUGUUUAUAUCAGUCGAGUUAACGCAUUAACAAGUUUAUAACCAACAAAAGAAUUAUAAGAUAAACCGAGGAAGGUGAUAGCAUCAUCACUACCAUGGAGGUCGCGACUGAUGAAGAGGCUCAAGCAGUGCUGUUAGAAGAAAUGGAGGGUGCACAGUAUAUAACCAUACAGCCAGCAGAUGCGGAAUCUCUCUCCAAAGGAGUUCCUUUAAUUACUUUAAACGGAGAGUUAAUUCCAGAAAGAAUGGUUGUAGAGAUGAUGAACGUCGGUGUUGGCUCAGAAUAUUCUACCGCAACUCAGUACUAUGAAACGGAAGAUGAUCUUUUAUCACAUGAACUAACAGAGGAGGACCGUAGAUUAGCUGCAGCAUUAGUUGCUGUUCAGUUGCAGCAGCAACAAAAACAACAACAAUUGCAUAACCAGCAGCACGAAGAUCCCACCUUACCCGAUGUUGGUCAUUUAGAUUCACUUUCGCCUGUUAAUGCUUAUAUGCAGACAAUACCUGACCCAGAUCCACCGCCAGUAUAUCCGACAAUGCAAUCAAUGAAACGGAUUUCUCAAUCUCAAAAUGUAAAACAGGAGUUUAUCAACAUAAAAAGCGAAUAUGAGAUUGAUGUUUCUGCAGAGAGCAGUGAGGACGCAGCGCCUACUUCAGGACCAAAAAGAUCUUUGCCUCAUAAAAAAAGAAUCCCUAAAAAACUGAAGCAGCAAUCUAAACGGACUUCCGGCAGAAGAGAUAAUGCUAAGUUAAACCAGGAUAUUGUUUCUCAACAACCAGCUAAUGAACCUCUGAUGCAUGCGUUUAGAUGUGAAUUGUGCGGCUGUUCGAUCGGAGGACAAUUGAAAUUCUUUGAACACUUGAAGGCACACUAUGAACCGGUAAAAGUAGAAUCUAGAAUAGCACAAACCACAAAUACGAGCAUUACGAUAUCUGUGUCAGACUCCGUUCAAGGGAUUGAUACUACUGUAAUAGAAGAGUUUAGUGAACCUGAAGAUCUUAUGGAAGGCAUACGAGGCGUCGUUGAGGAAACAGGAGCUCAUAUUGAUGAAGAAGCUGAUGGUUCGCUAAACGAUGUUAAUGGGGGGCCAACUUUGUGGGCAAUUUCGGAUGUACCUGAUCACGGGGCGCAGGAACAGGUGGAAACCACUACAAUUAAUGAAAACGAUUUACUAGAUAGAGAAGAGAUCGAAGUGCCACAAACUAAAAAGAAGAAAUCGCAAAAACAUAGAAGAUCAAGUACAGUUGACGAACUUGCCUGCCCACAAUGCGGUCGAUCAUUCAACCACAAGAAUAGUCUGGUUUACCAUAUGAGAUCUCAUAGUGGAGAAAGGCCACAUCAGUGUGACGUUUGUGGAAAAAGUUUCUUUGCCGCCAGUGCAUUAAAGGUACACAAACGAUUACAUAGUGGCGAUAAACCGUACAAGUGCGACGAUUGUGGACGUCACUUUCGUCAAUGGGGUGACUUGAAAUAUCAUUCGACUAGUAUACACUCUGAACAAAAACAAUUCCAGUGUGAAUAUUGUGGGAAAGACUUUGCACGAAAAUAUUCUCUUAUUGUCCACAGACGUAUUCAUACUGGUGAAAAAAACUAUCGAUGCGAAUAUUGUAAUAAGACUUUUAGAGCAAGCAGUUACCUGCAAAAUCAUAGACGAAUUCAUACAGGCGAGAAACCCCACCCAUGUACAGUUUGUGGAAAACCCUUCAGGGUAAGAAGCGAUAUGAAAAGGCAUCUGAACACGCAUUCACGCGGAAGAUUUGAUAGGCCUGUAAAUCGUACAACCAUGACUAAAAAUUUGACGGAUGAUGAAAAUAAAGCAUCACAAGUCCGAACGAUUCAGAAUAGUUUGGUUGAGGACUUAAAGCUGGAAGUUGAAGGUAAUGGAGUUGAACUUGUUUCACCAGAAGACAAUCCUGAGAGUAUUCUACCACAUGAAGGUGGGCAGAACAUGGAUUAUUCUGCUACACGUACAGCAGAUGGUGGAACAGAUAGAGAUCCUUUGGAAGCAGAUGUGCGAUCUACAGAUACAUUGUACACAUGGCCUUGUUAUCAUCUGUAGCCUAUUAUUUGCUAUCGAAUUAUUUCAUGUAACUGUGGCUGAUUAUUGAUGUACAGUGUUACGUGCAAUCAUAAGUCAGUGUAAACACUGUAUCAAGGAGGACAUUUUAUCGACAGAUCUCGUACAUUAAUUGACUUUUCUGAUGAAAAAAUCAAACAAAUUUUUUGAAUGAUCUCAUUCAAAGUGGCUACUUGAUAGUAUAUAAUAUUGGUAUCAAUGGUAUGUACGUGAAUUAUGUAUUUACUUUACCAACAUUUGAUAUUUCAUACUACAGUGCUUAAUCAAUAUCACUGAGCACUGUUGCCAUUAGUACAAUUAAUUAUUACGUAAUUAGUCAAAUGAAAUACAUAUACACUUGCAUCUAUCACACAAGAAUCACAUUGCGAAAUACAACUGCGUAAGCAUACAUCAACUAUUUUGAUAUAAUUUCAAACGAAGAACUGAAUAACUAAAAGGAGACAGUAAAAGUUUGAUAUGUUCAGUAUAAAGUAUUUGUUACUUUGGAAGUUAUGGAAGAGGAUAAAUUAGUUUAGAUUUCGAUACUUUUUAUAUGGUAGAAUAUUGCGAUAUUAUGUAUAAAAACAAUUGGUUAUUCAUAAAUAUUUCUUUAUUGCUACAAUAGGUGAACUGGCAUCAAUUAAAUUCCAAAAACUAUUAAUGAAUUAUUUUUUCUGCCAAUUUAAAUUACUCUUAUUAUAUUUACUAUUUAAGGCGAUCGAGGCUGUUGAUCAUUCUUGCAUGUUGCAUGAAUAAAUAAUUAAAUAAAUGAACGAAUUGAGGCUGCUACCGUGAUUCAUUAGAGUUGUGGAAAGUAUGAAACCUAUUUUGUUUCGAUAAAUUAGAAUUAGUGGUGACAGGUCAGGGCAACAUUCUCCAAAAACACAAGACUACAAUCAUUGAAAUUUAUAUAUACAGUGAACUUAGUAUUUUUCUUAAUAUAUUUUCAGACUAGUGGCAUAAUUUAUAAACAAAUACUAAUGAACGCAGGUUAACACAAACGUUGAGAUAUAAUUGGAAAUUCUGUAUUUGAAAAGCCUAUACACACAAACAUAUACUGCGUCAUAAGUCUAGUUAUGUAUAGAAUUAUAAUCCUAAAAUUCUAUAUCAUGUUUUCAAACUUAAACUAAUUAGUUGUUUAUGUGAAAAUUCAAUGUUGAAAAAUAUAUUUUUUACACAGA